AUGCUGCUCACCACCACCACUCUCCCUCUCUCUAUAACUCCCUCUUCCUUCCCCCCCAUCUCUUUUCUCUUUCUUCUUUUCUUCUCUUUCUUCAAAUGGACCACUCCUUUUUCCUUUAUCCCACUUCCUCUCAAUGUCCUCCGCCGCCUUCCUCCUCCAACCCCCACCUCCGCCCACACUAAUCACCAGACCCCCCGCCGCCGUCUCGUCCUUCAGUCAAAAGCUCGGGUCGGUGGGCCUCGGCUACGCCAUCGCCAUCGCUUUUGGCUUCCUCGUAUUCCUCUCCACCGUUCUCCUGGCUUCCUACAUAUGCUGCCGCUCCGCCGCCGCUCGCCGUCGCAGGCGUCGCGACGACCCGGAAUCCGAUCUCCGUGGCCGGAGCAGCCCGAACGAGACCAGCAUAUACCUGCCCCGGAUUAUAUUCGUGGCGGAGGACGAGAACGAGGAGCUCUCCGAAAACGUCGUGGUGGGGCUGGAUUUGGCCGUGAUUAA